AUCUUACUCAAUGUUACGAAACAUUGAUUAUUUCAAAAGGGUCCACCCAUGGCGGAGCAGUAUAUAACCGUCAGAAGCAAGCCUACGUGCUUGAGAGAGCAACUUUGGACUAAAACGCCGUAAAAGUGAGCGUUUGAGGGAAGACAUGUUCAAGCCGGUGAUGUUGGCCGCCUUGUUGGCGGGGGUGGCACACUGCCGCUUCAUGGAACCCUCCAGCGACCCAUACGCACUUCCGGAAGGAAUGCUCAUCGGGGCGGGCGUGUCCGCCCUUCAAACAGAGGGCGCCUGGAAUUUGUCGGGGCUCACGCAGGAAAGGCCGAAAGUGCUGCGGACUACGUUCUGCACCUCGGCAAGUUGAGUUCCCUUGGCUUCGGCGACCCGCACGACCAUGACGUGGCGGCCGACUCGUACCACCGGUACAAGGAGGACAUCGCCAUGGCCGUCAAACUGAAGCUGACGCUCUAUCGAUUUUCCAUCUCGUGGUCUCGCGUCCUGCCCGACUCCGACCCGUCCAACCCCAACAUGGAAGGGGUUCAGUACUACCACGACCUCAUCGAUGAAAUCCUCCGAAACAAUUUGACACCCAUGGCGACUCUCCACCACUUCGACCACCCUCGCAUCCUGGAGGACCAGUUCAAAGGCUUUCAAGGAGAGGAGAUGGUCGCCAAAUUCAAGGAAUACGCCCGAUUUGCCUUCAACCAAUAUGCAGGAAAGGUGAAGCUCUGGGUCACGGUGAACGAGCCCAACAUGUACUGCAUCUACUUCCCAAAUUUGUACAACAUCUCUGGUUUGUACACUGACAAUGACAUGCAGCGGUACGACUGCGUCAGGCACACCAUCCUCGCGCACGCCGAGGCGUACCACGUUUUCCACGAGGACAAUCACGAAGGUCGUGUCGGCUUCACCGCCCUGCUGACCCCCGCCCGGCCGAACAGCACUCGCUCUGAGGACGUCUACACGGCAGCAGCCUACAAUGAACUGCAGGCUGGCUUGGCGCUCAACCCAGUGGUGCACGGGGACUGGCCCCAGGAUGUCAAGGACCUCGCUGGCAGUAAAGUUCCUGAAUUUAGCGAAGCAGAGAAGCAGCGAAUCAAGGGGACCGCGGACUUCCUGGGCUUCAACGUGUACUACACGCUGACGGUCGCCUACAAGACGCCCGACAACGCCACCGACGGCGGCAGCAUCCGCGGCGGCAUGCACUGUUAAAAGAAACUGUAGGAAAACAGCACAUUUACCAACGAGUGAUUUGCUUUUAAGCAGCACGUGUCAUCGGAACUUAAAACAGCACAAAUGCUGUUAGGAAACAGCAAGUUUCAUCAUUGGAGAAAACAACAAAUAUAGUCGAUUUCCAAUGCUGGAAAACAGAACAUCUUGUUUGUAAAAUUAAUGAUAUAUGCUGUUUUGGAACGGUAUCCUGUCAUUUAAAAACAACACCAUUCAAUUGAAGAUUUGCCGGAGCAUUUUGCAGCUCACGGCUCAAAUCAAACUCCAACUAUGUCAAAAUAAAUUCUGUUGUUUCUGAACAGCAUUUGUGUUGUAAAGUUUUUUAGCAACACUUCCAAUUUUUAAACAGCGGUGAACUGUCCAAGAACUGCACGAACUGUUACAAAACAAAUGUCUUGUUUGAGCCGUCAGGAAACUCCUAUUUCCUUUUUGUGAAUAACAGAGAGACCGCGUUGAAGAACAGUGCUGUUUGUAAACAGAAAAGAGCGUUUCUGAAUGACUGCUAGUAUUGGAUAAGACUAUUAGUACACAGUAAACUUCUUACGGAUACAUCCUAUCUGUAUUACG